CCCUCGGAGGACACCGUUGCCUGCUAAGGCUACGUCUCCGUGCUUGUGGCCUUCGUAGGGUGCCGAGUUGUACCUUUUCUUCCACACUUGCCAUGGCCAGUCGAGGGGCCCGGCAGCGCCUGAAAGGAAGCGGGGGCAGCGGCGGGGACACGGCCUCGGCCGCCGGCAAGCUGCGGGAGCUGCUGUGCAGCCGGGAGGCGGGCGGCGCGGAGCCCCGGCCCGAGUUAUCUGGGAACAAAGCAGGACAAGUGUGGGCACCUGAAGGAUCUACUGCUUUCAAGUGUCUGCUCUCAGCAAGGUUAUGUGCUGCUCUCCUGAGCAACAUCUCUGACUGUGAUGAAACAUUCAACUACUGGGAACCAACACACUACCUCAUCUAUGGGAAAGGGUUUCAGACUUGGGAAUAUUCCCCAGCUUAUGCCAUUCGCUCCUAUGCUUACCUGUUGCUUCAUGCCUGGCCAGCUGCAUUUCAUGCAAGAAUUUUACAAACUAAUAAGAUUCUUGUCUUUUACUUUUUACGAUGUCUGCUGGCUUUUGUGAGCUGUAUAUGUGAACUUUACUUUUACAAGGCUGUCUGCAAGAAGUUUGGGCUGCAUGUGAGUCGAAUGAUGCUGGCCUUCCUGGUUCUCAGCACUGGCAUGUUUUGCUCAUCAUCAGCAUUCCUUCCUAGCAGCUUCUGUAUGUACACGACCUUGAUAGCCAUGACUGGCUGGUAUAUGGACAAAACUUCCUUUGCUGUGCUUGGAGUAGCAGCUGGGGCUAUCUUAGGCUGGCCGUUCAGUGCAGCUCUUGGUUUGCCUAUUGCCUUUGACUUGCUGGUCAUGAAACACAGGUGGAAGAGUUUCUUUCAUUGGUCGCUGGUUGCCCUAAUGCUCUUUCUGGUGCCUGUGGUGGUCAUUGACAGUUACUAUUAUGGGAAGAUGGUGAUUGCACCACUCAACAUUGUUUUGUAUAAUGUCUUUACUCCUCACGGACCUGAUCUUUAUGGUACAGAACCCUGGUAUUUCUAUUUAAUUAAUGGAUUUCUGAAUUUUAAUGUAGUCUUUGCUUUGGCUCUCUUGGUCUUACCGCUGACUUCUCUUAUGGAGUACCUACUGCAGAGAUUUCUUGUUCAGAAUUUAGGCCACCCAUAUUGGCUUACCUUGGCUCCAAUGUAUAUUUGGUUUAUAAUUUUCUUCAUCCAGCCUCACAAAGAGGAGAGAUUUCUCUUCCCUGUGUAUCCACUUAUAUGUCUGUGUGGUGCUGUGGCGCUUUCUGCACUUCAGAAAUGUUACCACUUCGUGUUUCAGCGAUAUCGCCUGGAGCAUUAUACUGUGACAUCGAAUUGGCUGGCCUUAGGAACACUCUUCCUGUUUGGGCUCUUAUCUUUUUCUCGCUCUGUGGCACUGUUCAGAGGGUAUCAUGGGCCCCUUGAUUUGUAUCCUGAAUUUUACCGAAUUGCCACAGACCCAACCAUCCACACAGUCCCAGAAGGCCGACCUGUUAAUGUCUGUGUAGGAAAAGAGUGGUAUCGAUUUCCCAGCAGCUUCCUUCUGCCCGAUAAUUGGCAGCUUCAGUUCAUUCCAUCAGAGUUCAGAGGCCAGUUACCAAAACCAUUUGCGGAGGGACCACUGGCCACCCGAAUUGUUCCUACUGACAUGAAUGACCAGAACCUAGAGGAGCCAUCCAGAUAUGUUGACAUCAGUAAAUGCCAUUAUUUAGUGGAUUUGGACACCAUGAGAGAAACACCCCGGGAGCCAAAAUAUUCAUCCAAUAGAGAAGAAUGGAUCAACUUGGCCUCUAGACCAUUCCUUGAUGCUUCUAGAUCUUCACAGUUGUUGCGGGCAUUCUAUGUUCCCUUCCUGUCAGAUCAGUAUACAGUGUAUGCAAACUACACCAUCCUCAAACCCCGGAAAGCAAAGCAAACCAGGAAGAAGAGCGGAGACCGGAGAAGAGCAGAACCAACUUUCAGGAAGAAUUGAAAGUCCCGGGACUGGAUGGCUGUGUUGAGCUGUUCUCUACACUCUGGCCUGGCAUCCGAGAACUAGCCUCCCUUGGGCCAUAUGAGCUUCUCCACCAAAGCUCUUUGGCAGCUCCUAGCAGACCUUCUCGUUCAAAUCCUAGUACUGAAAACGAGCACAGCCUAGUUGCCAGCCUACAUGUCCUUUUCACCUCUAGGAAGACUAAGCUUUUCUAAAGCCCUUCACAGGACUAGGACCCUGUCCUGGAGUUAUCUCAGGAAAAAGGCAACCAUUUGAGGAACUGUGGCUUAAUUUCAUUAUAUAGGAUGCCUCUUGUUUUCAUCUUAUAACAAACUGUAACUAUAUGGGGUUCGGUGGGUUUUUUAAUUUUUUUUUUAAGUUUUGGCAUGCUGUUUCUUGAAUUCAAGACUUCUCUGUAUGAAGGUAUCAACAGACCAGACUAUAACUGUACAGGACGUACAUGGAGAAAAUUAAUUCUGUCAGUUGGUAGAUUUGGAUGACCUCACAUUUUGAAGUAAUUUAUUCUGAGGCUGUUUCCGAGGAGAUUAAGAAUCCCCCUUUUGUAAACAACCCUAGUGAAAAAAAACAAAUGUAGAUUUCUGGCACCUAUUGCAAAGCACAUACUGCAUGGGGCACCUCUAGUCAAAUAGGCAAUGAUAGGACUUAAUUAAAAGUAAUUAAAUUAAAUUAAUUAAAACAUAAGUAUAUACUUUGCCUUUAUACACAGUAUUUCAUAGUUUACAAAGCACUGUCACAUUAUCUCAUUUGAUCCUCACAGUCAUGACGUGAGGUAGACAAAGCAAGUGGUUUUAUCCCUGUUUUACAGGUGAAGAAACUGAGACCAGGGGGCAGGGGGAGGUAAGGUGACUUGCCCAAGACCACACAGCCAAUAAGUAGUAGCACUAGGACCAGAACCUUGGUUGCCUAACUUCUCAUCCCGUGUUCAUCCACACUCCGCACUUGACUAUGAAAACAUUACUUGAAAGAAUGAUGAGGUUGGCCAGAGACCUGAUCGGUAAUGUAACUUUCUAUUUUAAGGAAGAAUUUUAUCUGUUUCUUUGAGUUCUUUGGAGCCUCCAGUCUGCCUGUUGGUUAGACCAUCACAGCAGUACUUCGGGAUGCAGCCUGGCCUGUGGCAGGAGAGUAGUGCUCAUGUUUGGAAGUUAAGCUCCUUUGCAGCCACACAGGAUCCAAUACCAGUUCCAUUCCUAUAGUCAGUCUGGGGUCACAUUAUAGUGCCUUAUCUCCCUAAGGGUAAUUGUGUCUAGUAUCUGCAAGUAGGAUGCAUUCAUUUUUCAGUUUCCAUCUUUUAUUUUUCAAAGAGAAGGGAUUUUCAGUAGGAACGGGUCCCAAGAGAGGAGAAGUGACAGAGGAAGAAAUGGCUAGUUACCAUAUAAAGAGUCUCCUCAUUGGGAUUCCCUCUGAAGGAAUAUCUGGAGUGGGGCUGAAGGACUGGUGAGGUAAUAGGUCUAGAUAGCGUAGAACAGUGAUAACUGGAGAGUGAAAAUAAACUGGGGUCCUGCUUGCUGCUUUAGAGGUUUCUGCAUUUCAUUUUCAGUACUUGAUUACUGUUUUCCAAGGCACAUAUUGGCACAUGUGGUCUGACUAUAGGAUAGAGAAGUUUUAGUUAAAUAUCUCGCCAUGCCUGCAGUAAUAGUGUACUGUCCUUCACAGUGGCCAGAGCUCUGUAUUUUUGCAGAGGUAAAUGAGAGAGUACAGUAAUGGGGGUCCACAAUGAGUGGCUUAUUUCUAAUCAAAGUGUACAAUGCUGACCGCUUUUACCAUCUUGCAUGUUAAAAAAAAAAAGCCUACUGAGCAAGAACUUAUUGUAAUAGCACAAAAAAAGCCAUGAUUGAUCUAGGGAUUCCUUGAGAAUAUCAGUUCCUAUCCCUUUUAAAAUGUGAUUUUGGUUUUCUCUGUUCUACGUGUAUCUUUAGUGAGAGCACAGUGAAUUGCAGAACACUCUCCCAGGUUCUGUAGGUAAGGGAUAUAGAAGCGAACGGCUUUUGUUGUGAAGGUGUUGUUCACAUGAUAUAUAAAUGCAUUAGAACAUCUCCACCUCAGCAAUCCAGGGAGUUUAGCUUUGCCUGGGAAAAGAGUUUCAGAACACCUGGUGAGGGUAGCAUUUCUCCUCCAGAGAAUCAGUGUUCAGUGUGAGCUGACUGCUCUGCUCACUGUAAGGAUAAAGUAUCUGAGGUACUUUUUCCUCCACAGAUUGUUGACUAUCAAGGAAUGAAGGGCUACAGGUUAUUGGUAAUAACCUUUGAUUAUGGAGCUGAGCAGGGGAGUCAGGUGUAUUGGCAGUGGCAGGGCUCUCUGAUCUUCACAUCUUACAACACUGAGUCCCAUUACUGAACCAGCCUGUGUAGUAGCAUCUAUUAUCAAAGUAUACCUGUCAGCUGGUAGGUAUCAUCUAAGAAAGACCACACAUUCUAAUCUCUUGAGAUAAUAACAGAAAAGUGAAGCCCGCACAAUUUAUUACUGAAUUCAAGCUUAGAAACUGAUUCUCUGUUUUAAAUCAAGGUGGUUCUUGAUCCCAACCAUUUAUUUGGGUCAUUUUUUCUAGUUUGGAGUUCUGGGAAAAGAACCUUGAAAACCGCAUGUAAUUCUGCAGCAUUAGAUCUGGAUUGACCGUUUGGGCAAAGCAUAAAUGGAAAUCCUUUACUGUGUUUUGCAUUUUGUGGGAUUUAUUGAAAUAAUUCACUGUGAUUGUGCCGUUUUCUGGCCGGUGUUGUGGAGCUCUGCUUUACAUUUGAUUAAUUUUAUUUUCUUUGAAGCGGGAAAAGAGGCACAAUUUAAUCUUUGCCUCCACAGGCAUAUUAAGCUCAUGUGUUAAUUCCUUCUUAGGCUCCUACAUCAAAUGCCGUGUGCCAACAGAUAAGUGGACAUGUGCUCAGCUUUAGUUUUUUCGCAACAGAAAGAUCUGACUUCCAUAUGACACUGUUGGAUUUCAGAGGCUCUCUGGUGUUUUGGUAAAUCUAAAUGAAUGUAGCCUUUAAUUUUUCCAGUAUAUAAUUUAUAUAACCAUGUGAUUCAUGCUGCAAGUGAAAUCAGGAAGCACUACAGUGUUAGAGCAAGACUAUUGUUCAAUUCAUUUGUCUUCCUGAUCCUUGUACUUUAUUUCACAUGUCAGUGUUUACAUUACAUACUUGUAUUUUCUGUGA